AAGCUGACAGAUGAAGUGCUAGAUAAGACAGCUUGUAGCAUGCUCUAGGCAUUGACAGAUUCUUCCAACUGCCGGUAUCUCACUCGAUACUUCCAUUGGCAUUCCUUGGGAACAAUGCGGGGAUCCACCGCCAAUGCUGUCAUUUCCUCUCUUUCUACCGUCGAAUCCUAUGAUAUUUCAUUUCAAGAUAAAUCCACUCACGCGAUCAAUCUCGCCACACUCACACACGCAUAUGUAAAUGUAGUAUUUCUCUUUUCAUAUCUUUCAUUUAUUUUGUCAUACAACAUACCAUCUGUAGCACAUGCGGUUGCGACUCCAAUUGCGGCUCCGAGCUUUUCCGUUGUGGUACACAAGCUAGCCUCGGAUGUCAUGCGUCUCAGGAACAAGUCAGCCGAUCGCCAUCAGACCACCACUCAGACACGUCCAAAUAACAGCGCAUGUGGCCCCUCGUUACCGAUGGGGUAAUCGAUUUCAUAAUGCGGGGCAUUUUGAACCUAGAAGUCGUCAUCAUUACCGGUUCCUUCUCGCGUUCAGCCGAGCAUUCGCCGUCCGCCCGACGACAAGCGAGGCAGCGACCGCUCGUCGUCACGCAACGUCAAGCAUGGGCAUGCUGAUCGACCGCCGAGCGGAUGCAUAAGUAGGGAUUCUCUUGC